UUAGUUGCUUGAUGAAAUUCAAAGCGUGAAUAACGAUAUUUCUGGAUGUCGCUGCAGCUACGAUAUUCGACAUUUGUUUGCAAUACACAAGAACUAAACAAACACAACAACAAGUUAAAAUACAUUCAUCUAAAGUGUUUGAGAAUUAAAAGGAAAAAAAAACAAAUAACCGAAAAUAUCCGAUAAAGAUGAAGGAGUUAAAAUAAUAAUAAAAAAAGAGAUAGAUAAUAAUUGUAAAAGAGAUGAACUGAGUGGAUUUCAACAAGAAAAAUAGUUCCAAAAUCACAUUGAAAAUUCCAUGUACAUACACUGACAUAUACAGCAAAACAUAUUUACAUACCAACAGAGUUGCGCACACAUAUAUAACACACUUGCAACGUCAGAUUGGCGACUUCGCACAAUGACAUCGACCGAAAAACGAGUGGCGGAGCGUGAAGCUCUGCGCUCGGUCAUACAACAAUGGAAUGCAAAUCGAUUAGACUUAUUUGAAUUAUCAGAACCAGAUGAGAAUUUACAGUUUCAUGGUGUGAUGCGAUUUUAUUUCCAAGACCGUGGUCAAAAAGUGGCGACAAAAUGCAUUCGUGUUGCAUCCGAUGCAACUGUAACGGAUGUUAUUGAAACACUGAUUGAAAAAUUUCGGCCGGACAUGCGAAUGUUGUCGGUGCCAAGCUAUGCCCUGUAUGAGGUUCAUUCGAAUGGUGAAGAGCGAAAAUUGAAUGCGGAUGAAAAACCGUUACUGGUACAAUUGAAUUGGCACAUUGAUGAUCGUGAAGGUCGUUUUUUGUUGCGAAAUACCGAUCAAAAGGGUGCAUCAAUUGUUGAAAGCGCCGAUCUAAAUUUCAAACGAAAAUUAUCGAAACGAGAGAAAAAGGAACAAAAGAAAAAAGAAAAACUAGCAAAAAUGAAUUCAAAUCCAGGCGGCAACAUUGAAAAUAAUCAUGUGGCCGAAAAAUUGUAUACAGAAUUGCCGGAAACAUCAUUCACACGAUCAAUAUCGAAUCCAGAAGCGGUGAUGCGACGACGACGACAACAAAUACUUGAAAAGAAACUACAACAGUUUCGAUCGAAAGACGGUGGACCCGAUACAGGCGGAACAUUGAAAAUUUAUGGAGAGAGCUUGUGCCGUGAUGUGCCUUACAAAACAUUAUUGCUAUCGAUACGAGAUUGUGCACAAGCUGUUGUCAGAGAAAUGCUAUCAAAAUACGGUUUGGAUAAAGCCGAUCCAUUGCACUAUUGUCUCGUACAAGUCAACAGCGACGGAACCGAAUAUAUUUUAGACGAUGAUGAAUGUCCACUAUCCAUACUUAUGAAUCAUCCGACAUCCAGAGGGUCCAUCAUGUUUCAUGUGCGACGUCGACCAGCUGAUUCGCAACCACGACGACGAAAGAAAAAACCGCUUGGCGUAUCGAAUGGUGGCAACAGUGUGGCAAACGAUAGGGAAGGUCCCGUUCUAGUGGAAAUCACACAUAGCGGCGAAGGUGGACGACACGUUAAACUCACCACCGAACCGAUUGAAGUUGGCUCAGCAAAUACAAAUCAGCUGCAAUUAUUCGGUCCAUCGAUUCAACCGAGACAUUGUUUGAUAUCGUUGUUGGAAGGGGUUUGCACGGUAACACCACUUCAUGCUGAUGCGCUCACAUUUGUCAACGGCCAUCACAUUCAGCAACCAACAAUCUUACACAAUGGAUCGGUGGUAAUGUUUGGACGGGUGGCUUCCUACAAAUUUGUUGAUUCACCGUCGGACGGACGUUAUAAUCUGGUACUAUCACAAUCUCAAUUGGAUUCAGCAUGUUUAUACGAAAGUCGCUCACCAACAUCCCCAUCGUGGCACGACGAUGAACCCACAUCGACUAUUGGAAAAGAAUCCGGCGAAGAUCCAAAUAAAUCGGCUUCAACGGCAAGAGCGCUAGCAGCAAUGGCCACCGAUGAUUUACAAAAAUCACAAGAACUGGGAAAGGAACAAUCACAACAAUUAUCGCCACCAUCAAUGAAUGAUUAUGAUCCAUCCGAUAAUAAAUCGGAAACCGAAACGAAAUCAUUGUCUAGCGUUAAAUCGAACGGAUCGAAUCCAGAUUUGAGAUCGAAAAAACAAGCGACCAAUUUGGAUAUGAGUGGCGCUGGUCAAGAGCCCAUUUUACCGGCUGUACUCGAAUUUCCUGAGACACACCAAGAAUCAUUUUUACAUCAAUGUAUAGUCGAUUUGGAUGUGAAUAUUCCAAAUUUUAAAUUGGCACCAGUGUAUACGCUCUAUUUAUGCGCAAGAUAUCGCGCUUCAACGCAUUAUCGACCAGAUUUGCAGCCAACGGAACGAGCACAUAAAUUGACCGUGUUUUUACAUCAUGUGGCCAAUUUAAUUUUGGGUGUGGUACAAGAACGCAAUCAAGAUCCACGUGUUUUAUCAUUUUGGAUGGCUAACAGUUCGGAAUUCUAUCACUUUCUAAAAUCCGAUCGACACAUAUCCGCAUUCAGUGUACAAGCACAAGAAGUUUUAACUGAAAGCGUUCAAAUUGCUUUCAAUCAUUUGGUGAAUUGCUUUCGUCUUGAAUUGUCACAAACAUUGAAUCAAUUUCUAUCGGAAAAUAUCGAUCAUGAAUCAGCCGCCGGGCUUGUGUUGACCGUUUUAAGUUCGGCAAUGGCAUUGUUGAGACGCAGCCGUGUUAAUGCCGCUUUAACUAUUCAACUUUUCUCGCAGCUAUUCCAUUAUAUCAAUGCAAUUUGUUUCAAUACGGUCGUGACAAACCCGCACAUGUGCAUUGAAUCAUGGGGAAAGGUUAUUAGAGAACGUCUUGAUAUACUUGAAUCAUGGGCCCAUAAACAAGGAUUAGAACUAGCUGCUGAGUGCCAUUUAGCCAAAAUUAAUCAAUGUGCCGAUUUCUUACAGGCGGCCAAAACUAGCGAGGAAGAUGUCCAAAAAUUGGCAUGUUCUUGUUUCCGUUUGAAUUCAUUGCAAAUGGCUGCACUGCUAUCACAAGAAAAAAUACCGAGAAAUUUAAUCGAUACAGCUAUUAGAAUGGCCGAGUCCGUUGCUGACGAACUCACCCGGGGCGACGACAGAGAGGUGUGUCUUGAAGAAUCACUUGAAUUGCCGUUGGCACUUUUGAUUCCGGACGAUGGAUUCAGUUCAGAUGUGGUGCGUGGCAUCCCAGCUGGCUUAGUUGAUUUCUUGGCACCAUUACAAGGAGCAGGCAUGUGUCGACUCUCUUUUCAACCUACAAGCAUUGGCCUUUGGACCGUUUACAUGCAUCAGUAUAAUCAAACGAGAUCAUCUAGUGUAAUGUCAACAAAACUACCGCAACCUGAAGUGCAAGUGAUAAAAUUACACAAAAAUGCGAAUGGAAUGGGAUUAUCAAUUGUAGCGGCAAAAGGAGCCGGUCAAGAACGCUUGGGAAUUUAUAUUAAAUCAGUAGUUCCUGGCGGCGCAGCUGAUGCCGAUGGUCGUCUACAAGCAGGCGAUCAACUUUUAAAGGUUGAUGGCCAAAGUUUAAUUGGAAUAACACAAGAGCGUGCAGCCGAUUAUCUUGUACGCACCGGACCUGUUGUUAUUCUCGAAGUGGCCAAACAAGGAGCCAUCUAUCAUGGUUUAGCUAUGCUUCUGCAACAGCCCAGUCCAAUCAUACAAAGAGAUAAUCGUCGAAUGUCAGAACGAGAUCCAAAAGCAAUGAUGGCGCAUGUACAACAAUUACCCAACAGUAAAUCAGUACCAGCUUUGCAUCACGUUGGCAACAGCGGUAUUGUCAACAAUAAAUCUAGGAGUAUACACAAUUUAACUGGAAGCACAGAUCAAAGCUUUUAUCAAAAUCUAAGUGUUUACAGAGCGCAAAAUCAAAGUCAACCGAAUUUGGGAGAUCGCUCACAAAUCCCUUCUCAAUCGACAAUAAUUUCAUCCACAAAUUCUACAACGAUACCAUCUAAUCAACAACUCUUAAGCCGUCCAGCUUCAGCCUAUUUCAACACAAAUAACAAAAGUAAUAAUACAUUGCCUUCGCAGAUGUCCGGUCAUUACGUGCUACCAUCGAACAAUAAUAUCGGCGGAAAUAAUCUACUCACAAAUCAAUCAUCAUCACAUACAAUGAACAAUCGGCCGAUGAAUGCAUUCAUGCGUGACACACAAAAUCAACAAAGUCUACGAAUGAAUCCAAUGAUGGCACCAUCAAUGCCGAACAUUGCACAUUCCAGUGGUUAUUCAUCGAAUAUGACAGCCAGUCAAAGUAUGCAAAAUGUCAAUAUGAUUCAUCCAAAUUAUUAUAUGCAGCCGAUGCAACAACAACAACAGCAGCAGCAACAACAACAACAACAACAACAACAACAACAAAAUCCAAAUCAAAUGAUGAACGCAACAUUUACAAACGGCUACAACGCAGAUAUGCCGAAAAUCCAAGAGAAUGCACAAACAUUGGAUAUGGCCGAAUUGGCGCGCAGACGCCAACAACGUCAACAAGAUAUGGUGCCAAUGUAUGCAUUGGAUGUAAAUGUUCAUAAUUCACAGAAUUCAAUGCCGAAUCUAUCGAGCGGUUCAAUGCUAUUGUCGCCCGGAUCAAAUCCAAAUGACAUGAUGAACAAUUUCCGAGCAAAUGCAACACUAACCAAGGGACAUUCAUCACAAUCUGGCAUCAAUUACAUGACCAAACAACUUCCACCAACUGCACCCAAACCACAGAUGAAUCGACAACCACAGCAUACUAAUGAUUUAUCACCUCCAUUGCCACCAUCGGCAACGCAUCCUCUAUUCAAAAAUGCCAACGAUCAGUCAAGAAUCACCAGUUCGCCAAGUAUAGGUUAUCAAUCAGCCUAUUAUCCACCAACGUCACAAGUAUUACCGAAAAGUUUUAUUGGAACAACAACGAUGAGUCCAUGGGAGAGAGAAGAGCGUGAAAAAGAAAUUGAAUUGCGACGUGAACAGGCUCGACAAUGGCGUGAACAUCACAUCAUCGAGCUAUCAAAUUUACCACACCGCACACCACAACAGGAGGAACAAUUAAAAACUAUAAUUCUUGAACGUGAUUUUGAGCGUCUAGCCCAAGAGCAAGGCGAUUUAGAAGAAGACAACGAUACAAAUUAUGGCAAAGAGAAUAUGCAAGAAGUAAUUCGACUUGCACCAAAUUCGAAUCAAUUAUCAACGCCGGUGAUGAAUAUGAAACAGGUGGAUGUUAAGACCAAUGUUGUUCCACAAAAUGUUGCGUAUGCCGGUUCGAAUGCCAAUAAUGAUAGUAUGCAAGGUCUGAAUGAUGGUUUACUGCAACAGCAACAGCAGCAUCAGCAGCAGCAACAACAACAACAUCAUCAUCAACAACAACAACAACAACAACAACAACAACAACUUCACCAACAGCAUCUAUCAGGCAGCACACAAGUUCAACAACCAAAGAGCAUUUUAAAGCAUAAUAAUGCCCGUAUCGAACGAACAAGCAACAGCAAUCCAUCAUCGCCAUCAAAACAGGCAAAGUCCACAACAUUUGCCGAUGAUCGUCAAAAUAAUGCCGAUGCGUCCAUGUCAAGUGUGGUACGCGAUUUAAACAGUAUGAGCUUUAAUGAAUCAACCACCUCAACAUCCAGCUACCAAAUCAAAGAAAUAAGCGAAAUGAACAUCGAUUCGCUGAAUAAUAGCAUACAUAAUCCACCGCCGCCGCCCGAACGAAAUUCAUCAUAUGUUGUGAUGUCACAAAAACAACAAAAUUUGCGAAACAAUAACCUCACCACAACAACGCUAACCAAUCAAAGUGUUAAAAAAACGACCACGUCAACACUAACCACCACAUUAAGCAAUGAUCAAUUGUCAUCGUCGCCAUCAUCAUCGUCAGCAGCUUUUGGACAAUUUAUGAUAUCGAAUAAAAAAACCAUUACAAAAACAAAUAACAAUAGCAUGAAUGUGAGCAACGAUAGUUUGAACAAUAAUAACGAUAGCAACAACAAUAGCACGAAUAAUGGCAAUACUAGCAUUUCGAACGUAAAUAACAACAUCAGCAACAGUAAUACGAAUGCAAAUCAUAGUGUAUUAAGUAGUAAUAAUUUGACGUCACCGAUGCCAACCAACGUUUCAAACGCAUCGCUUGCCUCGAUGAUGGCAGCAGCAGCACGGGACAAUAAACGCGUCUCAUUCCAUGACGAUGAAAACAAUUUGAUCAUGGGACAAUCGAGUGGUGAUCUAGCUGAAUUGAGCAUUGUACGAGAAGAUCCAAAUCGAUUUAUUCAAGAAACAUCAGCAAUGCUUCAGACACCAACCACACCCGAAGGUGAAUCAUGGAAUGCAGUUGUACAACAGACACCAGGUGUAAUUGGCGCACAAGAAGUAUACAGAGAUCCAUUGACGCGUCGAUUGCAAGAGAAGCAACAACAACAAGAGAAGCAAAAAACUGGCGAUGGUGUUCCAGAAAAGUUGUCGUUUAAAGAGAAAAUGAAAAUGUUUGCACUGGAAUCGGGUGAAAAUCAGACGCCAAAGGACAAAUUGAAAAUAUCACGUGCUCAAAGGGAUAUUGAUGCCGUACAUUAGACAAAGACACGCAUAAAUUAUGCAGCAUUAUGCCAGAGCAAAACUACUAUUUCAUCAUCAUAAAUAAUUUCUUUUAUUCAACAAACAAAUUGUACACGCAUGUGAAUUGUAAUAAUGUGACGAAAUGAAUUUACUGUGUCUCGAUUAUAAUAUCUCGUUCGACAUUUAUCCACCCCCUCCCCAAAAUGGACCAUUUAUUACAAAUAUAUAUAUAUACACAUAAUAGGUUGCGUAUUUUUUAGACUUUAAACACUUUCCAAUUCAAUAAAUUUAUUAAACGUUAGAUGAAAAGUAAAGAAAAAGCAUAACUAAAACGAAAGGUGACCUUUGAAGUGAAGCAAAUUAAAAUUAAAAACAAAUUAUAAACGUAAAAAAUUAGUAACAAUAUGAAGAUCUAUUUAACAAAAAAAAAGAACAAAUCACUUAUGACAAAAAUUAUUAAAUGUGUUUUAGAGUAGUAUACAGUAUAUUGCACAAGAGAUUAAAAGUUUUGAAAUUAAAAUCAUCUUAAUAUAUUAAUCAGGAAUUCCUGUUUCACAACAAAAAAAAAAAAUUAAGAAAAAAAUAUUGAAAAAUAUUCAGAGUAUUUUUUUAAAUUGUUUAAAAAUGGAAUACAUGUAAAAUCAUAUCUAUAAAUGAAAACAAUUGUAACACACCGACUACCUUUGAAAAAUCCAAGCACACAUAAAUGCAUAAACUUUAUAAAAUUCUAAUAAAAUAUACAAGAGAGAAUGAAACUCAAUUUUAAAUGUGAACAAUUAAAGCGAUGAUGAUAACAAAUGAAAAUCAAAAUAUUCUCUAUAUUUGUUGAGUUACAGUUUUUUGUUUUUUUUUUUUCUACCCCAAUCAAAUUCUUAUUGAACAAAAAGCCCAAAAUUUUAGUUAUUGUUUUGUGCAAAAUUUAAAAUUCGUUUUUAUUUUUAGUUUCACUGAAAAAAUGUUAAAACGUAUGUCAAAUUUUACCAAAAAAAAAAAUUGAAAGGAAGAAAGAAAAGUAGGUGCGUGCGCACAUGCACGACUAUACUGUAGAUAAAUUGAAUUAUUUAAACGUUAGCCGCCCUUGUCUUUUUGAAUUAAUAUUGUCACUCAUUAUCUGAAUAUUUUAACGUUUUAAGAGAGGAAAUGAGAGGGACAGAGAAAAAAAGAACAAUUGAAUAGUGAUAUGGCAUGAAUUAUUUUAAAGAUGAUAUGGGCAAGAAUAAGGAUUUGACAUUUCUAAUGGGAACACAAUUUAUAUGAAUAAAUAAUAUAAUUGAAUAAAACAAAUUAGAGUAUAUAUAUAAUAUAUAAUUGUAUAUGCUCACUUCAGAGACUCAACAUAGGAUACAAAUUAUUUUGACUACAACAUCCAUAUGUGUAAAUUUGGAUUUGAAUUUAGUAAAUUUGUAUGGUAUGUUAAUGCUCCAAAGUGGCCCAGUAGCUUGAUUUCUAUUUUAAAAAUUGAAAACAAAAAGCAAAAAUCAUCAUAUAACAAAUAUAUCAUUCGUAUUAUAAGCAUUUAGAAAUUAAAAGAACAGAUAAAAUGUGAAAUGCAAAAGAUUUUUUUUUUUUUUUCAAAUAUUAUUAUUAUAAUAAUUAUUUGGUGAAAACGAAAGGGAAAAAACGGCAAAAAGAACUAUGAAUGUUCAAGAAAUUUAGUACCGGCAAGAGAAAUAAAUAUGGACAACGAUUGUGCGCAACAAAUCAUUAAAUAAAUUGCGCAUUUUGAAUAAUCAAGCCAUAGCCGUUUGCCACACAUUCAUGUGUUUUAAUAUGUUUACCAUCCCGUCUUUGAUAUGUGAAUAUUGAACUUAUUAAAGAGUGAAACAUCGUUAAAUUCCAAUCAAGAAAACGUAAAGCAUUUAGCAUUCAACAUAAACUUGUUUCGUUUUCUAAACAUGUAUACAGAUAGUAUAUAUAUAUAUAAAUAUAUAUUUUUAAUUUUUUGAAAUAA